GUUUUAAGGUCAAUAACGAUGAACUAGUCAAACGUUGAGCAUGUACUUUUGUCACCACCAUAUGUUUAGUAGAUUUCUAUGGGUUGUCUCGGGCGAACAUUAGAAUGUGGUUUUGGAGCGUAUCCGUGCUUCUUGUGUUGUGUAAAAAAUUCUAGAGAAUCGACCACAACACGACUUACUUACACACUUAUUCUUGUGUUUAUUACAUUUAUAUCAAUUGCAUCUCAUGAGGGUGGAGUUUUAAGUUCGCUGUAUCUCAGACAUAGAGACAAUUUUGAGCGGUUUUGCUCUCAGAUUGGAGCUGGUGAAGGAUGUUACAGAAUUAUAGGAUAUAUUGGGGUUUAUCGUAUAUGUCUUUCUCUCUUCACUUUUCAUACCUUGAUGACAUUUCUUACCAUCGCAGUCUCUUCCAGUCAGACGUUCAGGGGAAAAAUUCAUAAUGGGUACUGGUUGUGGAAAUUAUUCUUUAUUGUCAGUGUGUGGAUAACUGCUUACUUUUUCUCAUACUUGGAAACUCUCACCAGAGUGUGGAUGAUUAUGGGAAUCGUUGGUGGGAUUUUAUUUGUCUAUGUACAACACAUAACGCUUAUCGACUUUGCUUAUGAAAUAAAUGGAAAUUGGCAUAAUAAAUCGAAAACUUCAAUUUUUUAUACAUUGGCUAUAUAUAUUGCUACCUUGUCACUGUAUGCUGUAGCUAUUUGUGCUUAUACUGCCUUUGUACUCUUCUACGGUUUACCUCGUCAAUGUACAUUAAAUCUAACUGUCACUGGUAUUAACGCAGGUCUUACAUUACUAUUUGCUAUAUGCUCUGCAUUUUCUACCAUAUUAAGAAAAGGUCAAAUGUGGUUACCAGGUGCAAUCACAUCUGCAUUUGUCGCUUUUCUAACAUGGUCAGCUUUAGGCAGUCAACCAAGAAUUUUAUCGUCGAAUUUUCCGUGGCAAAAACAAACAGUGAAAAAGAUGAACGAUGUACAACAGCAAGAGCGAAAUUUUACUAUUCAUCCGCUAGUUGUUGUUGCAGAUCAGUUGAAUCGUUUAUUAUCUGAUCAAUUCACUCAAACCACUAAUCAAGUCAAAACAUCACCAAUAUUGACAUCUGAAUCGAAACCAAAUAUUACUGACUCAAUUGUUUUAAUUAAUGAAUGCCUACCUGGUGGUGUGAAUAAAAUCAGUGAACACUUAGGCAAAGAUAUUGUUACAUUGUUAGGAAUAACAGUUGUGAUCAGUGGAUUUGUAUAUUCAAGUUUGUUCAAUUACUGAUCAGUACGUAUAUGAACUGACCUAAUAAUAGUUCUUGAAAAAUUCCUACAAUAUUAUGGACUGUAAAUGAAGAUAACUCAUUGGAGAAGACAGUUUCAUUGUGGUACAAAGUCGGGACUAUUGUCAACUUGCAAUCUUUGUGGAAACAUCUACAUUUGAUAUCUCUUGAGCUUUUCAUCAGUAAUUCACUAUUUCGAUGAUUAAUAAUUAAAUGGAUUCAGAAAAAUUGUCUUUGGUUGCUAUCGUAACAAAAUGUUUGUUUUGGUGAGAUACAGAAAACUCCUCGAAAAAAGCCAAAAAAGGCUUUGGAAACGCUGAGAAGUAUCUUAUCUUAGAUGUUUUGCGCGAAACAUCUAGAAAGUGAGUCGUCACAUGUCGAGUUCUUCAUUGGGUUAUUACCUAUGUUGCUACAAUGUUUAGUAGCGUUUCAGAACUUUCCGGAAACCCAAGGCCAUCGAAAAUACUAUGAGGCCCUGGAUUUUCUGUGCAUAAACGAACAUUGGAAUGAAGCAUUUCUUCCAUAUUUCACGCCUUUUCUCUCGUGUUCAAGUCGCUGUGUAGAUUUAGUCUGGGGGUUACUAGAAGAGCUUGUGAACCAAAUCUAGCGUUCAAUUAGAACACUUAUCAGGGGCGUCGGGGAAAACCACAAUGAACAUUUCUUUGGAGCAACUAGAUGCCUAUACGAAGCAUCAAGAGAAGCGGUUUGGACAGUCACAAAUCAGAAUCAUGAAAGCCCUUAUGCAGAAAAUGUGCUUGUCCCAGCAAAAUCCAGCUUCUGUUUCCGUGCAUCUAUGCAAGCAAGACGUUUAGGUAUUCGAACACGAAGAGAGCGUUUGAAAGCCGUCCUACCACCUAUUCACGAAAAUAGCCAAUUUAAUCAAUCUCCCUUACAAUCUUCCAAUAAUAACAAACCUAACCAGUCUUCCAAUCCAGUUGUAACCAAUGACUUGAAUAAAUCUCCAAUACGUUUUAUGAAUUAUAAAGAUGUAAAACGACAAGAGCAUGGUAAGUGAAUUGAUUGUAAUAAGUUAUUUUUGUGAAUUACUCGUAAAAAUAUAUUUUACAAUAAGUGACGCAUUUUUAUUGUUUGCAUAUACCUGAUUUACACAUGAUCAAACUUUAACACAUAAAUUUAAAUUCUUUUUACCAACAGUAAACUUCCACUUUAGAGCGAUUAGUUAGUUGAUUUUUGAAGCCUACACGAACUUCUUCAGUUGGUCUAGAUAAAUCUGAACGUGUUUGACAAUCAGUAGUAACGAUUGAUUGUGAAAGCAUAAUUUCUUGAUGAAUAUGUUCGAUCAUCUGAUAUUUAACAGUGACCUUUCUUGACAUUUACAUUAAUUUCGGUCAUGGAGCAUUCGCAGUGGAUAUUACGUCAAAAAAACUGGUCAUCUGAUGCUUUCAUCAUUAUUACAUUAAAUCUACUUGCUGACGCUGUGGCUGAUUUACCUAAUCCAAAGGUUUUCCGUAGACCUUCAGCACGUCAACCUCGAUUAAAUUUACAAACUCUUAAUACAUCAGAUGUAAUAUCUCAGAACAUAGGGAAUAAUGUAGGCAAUUGCGGUGUAAAAAAUACAAAGAAUAAAUUAUCCUCAUCUCAUAAUAAUGAUGUCACUGACAACAAUCACAAUGUUACUACUACUGCUACUCCUACUACAACUACUGGUAAAUCUACUUUACGCUUAUCAUCCUCUGAACCGGAUUUGACAAUUACUAUGAGAAAUUAUUCACGUCAACGUGGUGAUAUACGUGAUUUAGAUUGGUCAAUAAUUAAUAAUGAUGGUAAUAAAAAUAAUAAAUCAUCAAAGCACAAAACUGAUAAACGAUCCCGUGAACAUUCAUUAACUUCAUUGAAUCAUCGAAUUGGUUAUUUACGUCAUAAAAAACUGAAACAAUCUAAAAGUCAAUUGAAAUCAACAAAUGUUUUAAAUGACAGUAAAAUUAAUGAUAUACACGGUAAUAAUAGUUUGUUAACUUUUGGUGAAGGUGAAGAUAAUGAUAAUUCAAUAUUGAAAGAAACAAAACCUUCUUCUAAACUUCAUUUUCGGAAAAAAAUUAAAAAAACAUGGCGUGGAACAUGUCGUUUAAAUUCACAUGAAAAACGAAUUGUUAAUGAUUUAUACUUAUUUAGUGCUGAUAAUCUCCCUGAAAAAGUUGGUUUCCUUGGAACUAUGCUAAAUACUGCUGCACCGCGUGAUGGUUAUACGACUUAUAAUGAAGCGAUUGCUUCAGUUUACUCUUAUCCUUGGUUUCAUUUCAUUUAUGCCUUGGCCACUUUAUAUUUAAUGACUCAAUUGACUAAUUGGUACAAGUAAGUUUACCCUUUUAUUCAUUAUUUUACGUUUGCGUUUUGAUAAAUGAGAGUGUGACUGUUUAAACCUGUACUAGUAACAUGGCUCAGCCUAUUUUAAUUCACCGAGGAUAAUUAGGAUUUUAUUAAUCAAAUUUCAUGUUGUGUUUUAGUAUUCAGAUGUUAGACAUUAAAAACACGAAGUUCAGCUAAGGGAUCUCUUUACAACGGGUUUAUUAUCAAACUGAGGACAUAUGAGGAAUAAAUUAACACGAUGAUGUAAUAGAAAGGCUAUAAUUCUAGAUUGUAUAGUGUAGAUAAUAACAAUAAAAGAUCGUGUAUGUAGAAAUUAAAAGCCUUGUAAAAGUAAUAAGUUGACAAUGGAUUAUUAUGUGAAUGGAAUAAAGUAAUUAAAUUGUUUUUGUUGCAAUAAUUAAAGGUAAUAGAAGAUUUAAAGGAACUGAAGUGAUAUCAAAAACAGUUAUGAAUAAAAUCAUGGUGAUAUUUUCAAAUGCGAAAUAAAACAGUGACAAUAAUCUUAGUUUAAGACAAUAGUAAAGAUAAGGAUAAGACGUAUUCCAUUUUUACACACAGUUCUGGCUUCAUUUCAUGAAUGGCAAUUACUGUGGAUGGUUUAAGAAGAUGAGUACAAAGAAAUCUAGGGAGAUUUGGACGAAUUGUAUAAACAACUUUAAAAUCAAUCUGUGAAUCAGUUGAGUGGUUGGCAUCGAUUGAAUCUACAGGACUGAAACUUCUAACUGCUUUCCUCUCAUCCUUGUAAAACCAUACUGGAACAUGCCCUCGUAUCCGAGUUGUAAGCAGGCUCUGGCUACAACCUAUAUACGUCACGCCAUAAGAGCAGGUGAACUGGUAGAUGCACAUAGAGGCGACCAAAAGAGAAAGCUUAUCCUUUGGGGAGAUGGAAAUCCAGGUUAUACUUCUCUAUGAAGCUGCUUGGAUAACCGUUCGCAGAUAUUAUGCAAUUAAUAUUACAAGUCGUGUUGAAAGAUUUCAACUUAAAAUCAGGCUAAUCAUGAACAAUUAACGUAGAUUUCCUGAAUUCGACAGAUCAUAUGGAAUACUGGAAUGAUAUUUGUCGAUGUCUAAAGCAAUUAAAACUACGGAAAACUGAGCAAGCUGUUAAUCGAAAAAUCAAUUUAAAAUCAAGUUAGGAUGUAAGAUUCUGAAACAAGUUGAGAUUUUUACUGACAAAUUACGGAAAAUUUAAAUACAAUAAUUACAUACUACCUUCUAUUAAUUACUCAUGAUUACGUGACUCCAAAGUAUUUUAUAAAUACUAUGCCAAUACUACUCAUCUUUAUUGAAAAACUACAUGAGAUUACGUCUACUUAAUUCCGUAAAUUGGAUUCAAAUUUACUGUUUACCUCAAGUUAUGAUGUUCUACUGACGCCAAUUAGAACGAUGAUUUAAUUGAUUAAAGUGAUAGAGUUUUGAUGUAUUUGUUUAAAUCGUGCUCCGUUUGUUUUUAGGCAACCGUAUAGCAUCAUUCACUUACAAUCGACUGAUUGAUGAUUGAAUAGAGAACAAUAUUGUGUUUAUCUAAUCCUUUAGUCCUAAUUAAAUUCUACCAAUCAAUUUGUAAUCUGGUCAUUAGUCUGAGAUUUUAUGUAGGUGGAGGUAGUCAGCAGUAAACCUUUCUUGGCCUAAGUUUUGUACUAGCUAGCACUCACCUUCAGUCUUGGGAGUACUGAUGGUUCCUGUGGGAUUCGAACCCGUAUCACUCAGCCUCACUGUUUGUAAAGUCAUCGCUGAGCUAUUUGGGUUCCCAGUGAUGAUUUUAAAACUGUAGAAAGUAGAGCGAAUCAUAAUGUUGUUUACAGUGUUAUUUUUUUAUAUUUUAUGUUUCUAAAAACAAUUAGUCCACAAAUUUCACGUGUCGAUACUUUAUCAGAAUCAUGGGCAAAUAUGUGGAUGAAACUGGCAUCUAGUUGGUUAGCUUUAAUAUUGUAUGCAUGGACUAUAGCUUGUCCACGACUGUGUAUUGGUCGAAAACUUGGUGCAGUUCCGUUUACACCGCGUACACCACGUGCUAAAGUCUCACAAACUAUGCCAAUUGUUUAGUAUGUUUGUGUGGGAGAGAGAAAGAGUUUGGAAGCUGACCUAUCCAAUUUCUGUGUAGAGAUUAUUCUUCUCUAAACGAAAGAUUAUCUUCUGUGAUAUUUUUGGUGUUUUUUCUACCAACAUAUGUCAUGAAGUGAAUACAAUGAAAAGACAAAAUUAACAUUUACCUUUACAAGUAUUAUGACAUCAUAUAUGUAUCUCAAAGAUCGCAUUUUUCACAAAAUAUUGCAUAAGUUCUUUAUGCGUUUCCAUUGAGAAAGAUCCUUCUGUCAACAAUAUAUAUAGAACGACAUGAAACUCAUAUUUAAAAGUUUAUUGAUGGAAUAAUGUACCCUUUGCUUUGUUUAUAUUUAACUGUGUUUUAAAAAAGUUCACUUCACUUUGACGAAUUAUAAAUAAUAAUAAAAUCCAAACUAUAAUUGUUUGAAUCUUUUAAUACAAAUAAUAUAAAGAACAGAUCUAAUUCCAAUCUUUUGUAAGACAUUUUCAUUAAAGAAAAGUGGACGAACCUGAUUACAGUAGGGUUAAUUAUGAUGUCCGAUUCAUCAGAUAAUCCUCCCCGAAGUUCAUUAAAUUCAAAAGACUGUCUUGACUUACAAUAAUUAUAUAUGCCGUAUUUGUUGUUGGUCAAUAGGUUACUGGUCAGAUAGACGUAAAUUGAACUCGUAAUUAGUAAACUCUAUCAUCACAUGGGCAAUAUAAAGAAGUUCUCAUUCAUAAUAAGAUGUAUUUACACUUUGAUGACGACAUUAACUGAAAAUAUACAUUCGGUUUGUAGGUAUCAGUGUCAAGGUUGGACUUGGUAGUUUCAAAUAAAU